CCGUCCCGCGGCGGGCGCCUGGUUGCGGGGCUCCCGCCUGCUUUCGGGGCGGGUUCGCCCUGCUUUGGCGGGCGGACGAGCGGUGGCCGAGUUCGGACGCCUUUGGGGUGGCCUUCGCGUCGUGACACCCUCGCUGACUACCUUCCCCCGGGCGACCGCGACUUGUUGGAGAUUGAUUUCUAUGGCAGAGUCUAUCCUUGGAAUCCUUCAAAUUCAAGUGUUUGCAAACAAAACAAACUUAUUAUCCUUUUCUCUUGACAAAUAUACUCUCAGUUUAUGAUGAUGGAUAGCAUUAAGUGAGGAAAUGAAACUGACGCCAGCCCAAAGCAACAUUUAGAGGAACACUUUAGGAUAAAGUUCUUCUUUCUAGGUUUUCCAGGAGGCACACAAGAAGAUCUGAUGGCCAAAAGAAAGGAAGAAAAUUUCUGUUCUCCUGAAAAUGCUAAAAGGCCAAGACAAGAAGAACUGGAAGAUUUUGAUAAAGAUGGAGAUGAGGACGAAUGUACAAUUUCUUUCACUAAUGGGACCUCUACUUUGACUGCAGCAGAAGUUGGAAUAAUUGAGAGUAUUCAACUAAGAAACUUCAUGUGCCAUUCAAUGCUUGGACCUUUUAAAUUUGGUUCUAACGUCAACUUCGUUGUUGGCAAUAAUGGAAGUGGAAAGAGUGCUGUGCUCACCGCUCUCAUAGUUGGUCUUGGUGGAAAAGCAGUUGCUACUAAUAGAGGAUCCUCUUUAAAAGGUUUUGUAAAAGCUGGACAGAACUCAGCAGACAUCUCAAUAACGCUAAGGAACAGAGGUGACGAUGCCUUCAGGGCAAAUGUGUAUGGCGACUCCAUAGUUGUGCAGCAACACAUUAGUGUGGACGGAAGUCGAUCUUACAAACUAAAAAGUGAAAAAGGCACCGUGGUUUCUACUAAGAAGGAAGAGCUCAUUGCAAUUCUUGAUCAUUUUAACAUCCAGGUGGACAAUCCAGUUUCUGUUUUAACACAAGAGAUGAGCAAGCAGUUCUUACAGUCUAAAAAUGAGGGAGACAAAUACAAAUUCUUCAUGAAAGCAACCCAACUUGAACAGAUGAAGGAGGAUUAUUCAUAUAUUAUGGAAACAAAAGAAAGAACAAAGGAGCAGAUAAAUCAAGGAGAAGAGCGACUUACUGAACUAAAGCGCCAGUGUUUGGAGAAAGAGGAACGUUUUCAAAAUAUUGCCGGCUUAAGUACAAUGAAGACUAACUUAGAGUAUUUGAAACAUGAAAUGGCUUGGGCAGUGGUCAAUGAAAUUGAAAAACAAUUAAAUGCUAUUCGAGAUAAUAUCAAAAUUGGUGAAGAGCGUGCUGCCAAACUUGAUAGGAAAAUGGAAGAACAGCAGGUCAGACUUAAUGAUGCAGAAAAAAAGUACAAAGAUAUUCAAGAUAAACUAGAAAAAAUUAGUGAAGAGACAAAUGCCCGAGCUCCGGAAUGCAUGGCUUUGAAAACAGACGUCAUCGCGAGGACGAGAGCCUUUAACGAUGCCGAGGUUUUGUAUAACCGUUCCCUAAAUGAAUAUAAAGCAUUAAAGAAAGAUGAUGAACAGCUUUGUAAAAGAAUUGAGGAGCUAAAGAAAAGCACUGAUCAGUCUUUGGAACCAGAGCGCUUGGAAAGGCAACGAAGAAUCUGUUGGUUGAAAGAAAAAGUACAGGCCUUGCAGGACCAGGAAAGUUCCGUCAAUCAGGAGGCUGCACAGUUCGAACAAGUUAUAGAAAAGGACAAACAAGAACAUGUCCGGAUUAAGAGAGAAGAUUUAGAUGUGAGGCAUACACUGACCUAUAAUCAGAGACAACUGAAAGAACUGAAAGAUAGUAAAACUGAUCGACUGAAAAGAUUUGGUCCUCAUGUUCCAGCUCUGCUGGAGGCAAUAGACGAUGCAUACAGGCGGAGACAAUUCACUCAUAAGCCUAUCGGCCCUUUAGGUGCUUGCAUUCAUCUGCGGGAUCCAGAACUUGCAUUGGCCAUUGAAUCUUGCUUGAAAGGACUUCUGCAAGCCUAUUGUUGCCAUAAUCAUGCUGAUGAGAGAGUACUUCAGUCAUUGAUGAAAAAAUUUUAUCCGCCAGGGACCUCUCGGCCUCAGAUAAUUGUUUCUGAAUUUCGGAAUGAGGUAUAUGAUGUGAGACUCAGAGCUGCUUACCAUCCGGAGUUUCCAACUGUUCUGACAGCGUUAGAAAUAGACAAUGCUGUUGUUGCAAAUAGUUUGAUUGACAUGCGGAGCAUAGAGACAGUGCUGCUGAUCAAAAAUAAUUCUGUAGCUCGUGCAGUCAUGCAGUCCCAAAAGCCACCUAAAAAUUGUAGAGAAGCUUUUACUGCUGAUGGUGAUCAAGUGUUUGCAGGUCGUUAUUAUUCAUCUGAAAACACAAGGCCCAAGUUUCUAAGCAGAGAUGUGGAUUCUGAAAUAAGUGAUUUGGAGACUGAGAUUGAAAAUAAAAAGGCCCACAUAAUAAAUCUUCAGCACCAUUUGUCUGCCCUUGAGAAGGAUAUUAAAAGAAAUGAAGAACUUCUUAAAAGGUGCCAGCUACAUUAUAAAGAAAUAAAGAUGAAAAUAAGAAAAAAUAUUUCUGAAAUUCGGGAACUUGAGAAUAUAGAAGAACACCAGUCUGUCGAUAUUGCAACCUUGGAAGAUGAAGCUGAGGAAAAUAAAAUAAAAAUGCAGAUGGUUGAGAAAAAUAUGGAACAACAAAAAGAAAACAUGGAGAAUCUUAAAAGUCUAAAAAUUGAAGCAGAAAAUAAGUAUGAUACAAUUAAAUUAAAGAUCAACCAGCUGUCAGAGCUGGCAGAUCCACUUAAGGAUGAAUUAAAUCUUGCUGACUCUGAAGUGGAUAGCCAAAAACGAGGAAAGCAGCAUUAUGAAGAUAAACAGAAAGAACAUUUGGAUACCUUAAAUAAAAAGAGAAGAGAACUCGACAUGAAGGAAAAGGAGUUACAGGAGAAAAUGUCACAAGCAAGACAGAUCUGCCCAGAACGGAUAGAAGUAAAGAAAUCUGCGUCAAUUCUAGACAAAGAAAUUAAUCGGUUAAGACAAAAAAUACAGGCAGAACAUGCUAGUCAUGGAGAUCGAGAAGAAAUAAUGAAGCAGUACCAGGAAGCAAGAGAAACCUAUCUUGAUCUGGAUAAUAAAGUAAGAACUUUAAGAAGGUUCAUUAAAUUACUAGAAGAAAUAAUGACUCAUAGGUACAAAACAUACCAGCAGUUUAGAAGGUGUUUGACAUUGCGAUGCAAAUUAUACUUUGACAACUUAUUAUCUCAGCGGGCUUAUUGUGGAAAAAUGAAUUUUGACCACAAGAAUGAAACUCUUAGCAUAUCAGUUCAGCCUGGAGAGGGAAAUAAAGCUUCCUUCAAUGACAUGCGUGCUUUGUCCGGCGGUGAGCGCUCUUUCUCCACAGUAUGCUUCAUCCUUUCCCUGUGGUCCAUUGCCGAAUCACCUUUCAGAUGCCUGGAUGAGUUUGAUGUCUACAUGGAUAUGGUUAAUAGGAGAAUUGCAAUGGACAUGAUACUUAAGAUGGCAGAUUCCCAGCGUUUUAGACAAUUUAUCUUGCUUACCCCUCAAAGCAUGAGCUCACUUCCUUCAAGUAAACUGAUUAGAAUUCUUCGAAUGUCUGAUCCUGAAAGAGGGCAAGCCACAUUGCCUUUCCGACCUGUGACUCAAGAGGAAGAUGACAACACCAGUUGACAACUUAGUGCCUUGCCCUCCUGCUGAAAGAUUGUGAAGGGGGUCUGGACAGGCAGAUGAAAUAGAAUGAGACUGGAGAGAUUCUGAAAUAGAAGAGGCUCCUUUCAUCUGAUCCAUUGAUUGUGGAAAGCCUAGAAAACCAGCCGCUGCCAAUAGAUAAAAUUACGACUGCUUUCCUUGUGAAAACCAAUUUCACAAUACUGGUUUUAAACUUUUUAAGUUUGCUUGCUUUGGAGUUUCUGUGUUUUACUUGUUUGUUUUUACCAUCUACUUUUAUAAAUUUUUUCAGGAGUAAAAUUUUGUACAUAUGCACAUGUACAUAUCUGUUCAGUUUGCAUUCAUUUCUAUAGUAUUUUGUAAGAAUUAUAAUAAAAGUUUGAGCACCUAAUGUUUACUUUUGACUUCCAGAUUGUUACGGUCUAGUUUUUAAAAUUAGCAAAUGUCUCAGUAUGGAAUAGGGGGAUACAGUACACAAGAUUGGAUAUACUGCACAUUUAGUUUAAGUAUUAGAGACCUACAUAAGUCUGGAUAUACUAAGCAAAAUCUUUGCUUGCACAUUGAUUUUUAACACUAGGGUACAACGAUAGAUUUGGGGUAUAGUUUUUAUUUUUUUAUUUUUUAUGGUUUAUUUAUUUUAUGUGCAUUGAUGUGAAGGUGUCAGAUCCCCUGCAAUUGGAUCUUCAGACAGUUGUGAGCUGCCAUGUGGGUGCUGGGACUUGAACCCAGGUCCUUUGGAAUAGCAGUCGGUGCUCUUAACCACUGAGCUGUCUCUCCAGCCCCUGGGGUAUAGUUUUUAAUCACUAUAUUUCAACAAUUUUAAGUUGGCAAAAGUACCUUUUAUUAGGCACUUUGAUAAAUCACUGAAGUGUUGCCAGCCCCAACAAUGCCUUCUCCUUUGUCCUUAAACUGUCAUCUACCCAAGGAAGAACAUGCCAGGGCUGUGUGAUGGAGUUCUCAUUUUGCCCUGUAGCCUGUCUCCCUAGUGUAAAAGCUCUUUGUUUCUGGUGGUACUGCCACUGCUGGUGUGUGUGUGCGCAAGAGGAUCGCCUAGGCUUGCCUAAGCUAUAUAGUAAGUUCAAGGCCAGCCUGGGCAGCUUUACCCAUCUUAAAAUAAAAGUGAAAAUGAGGACUGAGAACACGAGAGCAGGACUGGGAAGAUCGGGAGGUGCGUGCCUAUUGUCAGAGUAGCUAGGGUCAAAGCCUGUGUUUGAUAGUGGAAUGACAUUAGAAACACCCUGAUUUUACAGAGAGUGAAGAGUUUCUACACUGAUGAGUUUAUUGUAAAAAUUGCUAUUUUUGACUUUUCUUUAAGAAAACAUGAGCAUACUAGUGCCUGUGCUCUGUAACAGCUACUAAGGUUAGGACUAACCUUUAAACUAACAUUAAAUAGCAGCAAGAAGCACUCCCUAUAUUAUCAGCAAUAAGAAUCAGAAUACAUAUUUAUGAACUUGAAAAGGAAAUAUUUUGAGAAAAGUACUAUUUUUAAAAGCAAGCAUACUUAUAUAGUUAUUGAAAAAUCUGAUUUUGUUUUGGUGGGGAAGAGAAUGUAUUCUUAGAAUAGUUGCCAAAAAUCCAAACGCAUUUCUAGUCUGAUACAGAAAGAGGAAACUGCUGAGUGUUUUAAACUUCCCACCCACAUAUGCAGCAUAACUCGUUUGUAUCAGAACUAUUUUAGCAUACAUACAUUUUUCUUUCAAAUAAAAAGUGAAGUGGAAUUUACCAGUGCGUUAAUUAGCUAAAGAGUUUCAGUGAUUUGAGUUCUUGUAGCGGUUUUAAAUGUGCUUCUACAGAAUGAGAAGUACAACCCUCGGAUUCUGAGCUUCUCCCACUGAAGGCAGUGCUUUAUGGGAAAUGGAGCCCUCAGAUCCCAAGCUUCUCCCACUGAAGGCAGUGCUUUAUGGGAAAUGCAGCCCUCAGCCUGAGCUUUUCCCACUGAAGGCAGUGCCUUAUGGGAAAUGCAGCCCUCACAAACUGAGCUGCUCGUGCUGAAGAUGUGCAUUAUGGGAAAUGCAACCCUCAGAGUCUGAGCUGCUCCUGCUGAAGACAGUCAAAACGUUUUAUUUUCAAUCUUAAGUGAAGCCAUCCUGUGUUAGUAAUAACAUCCGUUGGAAAAAUUUAAAAGCUAUUGUUCUUUUAAACUAUGUGUAACUUCCAAAAAUAAAACGUAAAAUUUAUAUGUAUUAAGGUUAUGCUUUUAUGAACUGGACAAGGGCUAAUUGACUAACUUGGGCCAAUUCUUGAACAGAUAUUUAUACAUGUCAUUCAGGUAGAUCUAAAAUCCCUAGAGAACCCAAAACAGCUUUGAUUUUAAAACUUAACACACUCAGUGUUCUUCCCAGGAAAUGAUCAGAAUUAUUCACAAAAUGACAAGAGUAGUUAGUCUAGCCAAAGUAUGUGUAUAGUUACUAAA